CAUUAUCUCCCGGGUUGUACUAUUUACCUUCAAGUAAGGAUUAAACCAUCUUUUAAUUAAUUAUGCAUCCCUUUCACUGUAGUUUUAAUUGCAAAUAAUUUUUAUUUUUUGCAGAUAUAUUAUUGGAGCCAUAUAAAAAGGGAGUUGUACACUUCUCCUCGCCUCGGCCUUCCCAUGGCUUACUGGAAUGAGGACCGAGUGAAAGGAAUAUCCUCGUUCAUCUCCAAGAGUGGGGGAUUUGUGAAUGGGAAGGUACAUUUUUGGUUUACAACUCUUCAAAGUUACUUGUUAUUAGGAAUAGGCCAAUACAAUUUUGUUAAUUGCUACUUUUUUUUUUUGUAAAGUGAUCUUGAAAUUUUUCUCAUUUUGGGGCAGAUUAUUCUACACCCGCCUAUGUUCAGGAAGACAUAUGGCCAUACAGAAGACACUUCCAUUCCAUUAUCCAACCAGGGAGGAACCUCAUCCUCUACAUGCUGCAACUGCAUCUUAAGAGAUGAAAUGAAGGAGAGAGAUAAAAAGUUAGACACUACUUGUCAAGAACUACUAAGAUUAUUUGACUCUUUCAAAGCCGACAUCUCUAAGGACAUCGGAAAGGGCUUCGUCACUAUGAAGCAAUCUAUCAUUGACGAGGUUAAGGAAUCUUUUAUUCCAGAGCUUCGUGAAGCUAUAUUACCUGAGGUGAGAAAAUCUGUGACAGCCGAGUUGCAUCAAACAGUGAUGAAAGAGUUGAGGCAGUCCGUGUUAAUGGAGUUGAGGCAAUCUCUACUAAAAGAACUGAUGGAAGUUAUUGAUAAGGACGGGGAGAGAAAUGAUGAGGAGGCCGACAAAGAAAUGAUGGAAGUUAGUGAUAAGGACGGGGAGAGAGAUGAUGAGGAGGCCGACAAAGAAACUAGCUCGAUGAGCACUUCAAAUGAGGAUCAGUUUGAAAAUGAAAACACGAGAAAUUUGGAGUUUGACAACCCGCCUACCAACAAUCAAUAUGAGGUUGGCCCUGUGGAUUUGACAAUGGUAGAAGACAUCGGUCAUGAAGGUCAAUGCACCUCGGCCAUCAAAGUUCUCCUUGCUUCAAACGCGUAUCAAAAGACCGAAAAAAGAUUCCACUCAAGCAAGGAAUUGUAUGUGGACACUUUCCAGUUGAAGGAGCCAGCAAGCGAGAUUGAAUUUAAGCUGGCAAUGUUCGUUUUCGGAAAAUUUUUUGAUAAAGGGUAAGUCUUUAAUUAGUAGAUUGGUAGUUGAGUAAGACUGUGUAUUAGUAUUACCAUAUAUUGUACCUAAUUCCAUUGUCUCAUUGGCAGGUACCCUUUUGUGAAAUUUCAAAAACUUGAACUUUUUCGGCAACAACUACUGUGCUUGAAGCCUGGAAUGGAAAUAACUGAUUCAGUUAUUAGUUGCUACGCACACUUAUUGACGCUGAAAGAACGUGAAGCAGCCCCAGAUGGAGUACCGAAAUAUUGGUUUAUGCCUUGUCGGGUCUCUGUAAGUCUCAUUAGUAUUAAUAUGAGCACGUGUAUUUAUAUUUUCUAUUCAAACUGUGUGAUUUGUUUUAUAAACUUUAUUUUAUUUAUUAGAUAAAUAUUUUUCAAGUUUAACUGUCACAUCUACAUAGUUCCUUACUCUUUAUCCCUUGAAUAAUAUAAUAGUAAUGAUAAUAGAGCCAAAACUUUUUCUCCCAAGCUGGGGA